GUGGUUCAGGCAGUUUCAGGUGCAUUCGGGCUGCUGUUGGAGGCCGAAGCGAGUGAAGUUGAGGUCGGUAUCACCUUCAAAGGCUUCCCGACAUUCAGCAAAGAGGCAUCUCAAGUGGUUUCAUGCGUCCUUCGUGAUCGUAUGGGCCUCUUUAUGAAUCUGACCGCAGACAUCAAUGCGAAUGGAACCGAUUCAGUCUUCAAGUGUCGGCAAUGAAGCUGCAUCAUUGGGGGAGACCAGUUGCCCUCUGAAAGCCACUGAGGACAUCUGGUUUGGAUGCUGUUCCUGCGCCUACUUCACCAGAGAUCAGCGUCAAAUUGUGAGCCACCUGGUUGCCCAUGGUGAUGAACAAGCCAAGUGCCACGACCCCCUCAUGUCUCCUGGCUCUAGGUCCAAAGUGCACAUCAACACUCAUAUGCACAGGGGUGUUAGGUUCUUUAAGUGCAAACUAUGUCCUCAAGCCUUUAAUUGGAAAUCCAAUUUGACCAGGCAUAAUCUAUUGCACACAGGUGAAAAACCUUAUAAGUGCAAACAGUGUCCCCGAGCCUUUGCUCAGUCUGGCAGUCUGGUCUACCACAACCACGCACACACAGGCGAAAAACCAUUCAAGUGCAAGCUUUGUCCCCGCGCCUUUGCUCGCAGUUCAUAUUUGAUGGCACAUAAUCGAACACACAAUGGUGACAUCGCUUAUAAGUGUAAGCUGUGCCCCCAAGUUUGUACAAAGUAUUCCCAACUGAGAAUUCAUUAUCAGGUACACAGUGGUGACAAACCUUAUAAGUGCAACUUAUGUUCCCAAUCCUUUGCACGGAAGUAUACUUUGAGCUGUCAUAAUCGAACGCAUACAGGUGAAAAGCCGUUCAAGUGCAAGUUCUGCUCCCAAAGCUUUUCUCAGAACUCCAGUCUGAUCCGCCAUAAUCGAAGACACAACAGUGAAAAACCUUGAAAAUACCUACAAUGCCCCAAAAGUUUUUCUGUGAAUUGGAGUCUGAUCCACGAGAUUCAAAUGCACGUACCAUAAAAUUCUGUAAGCACACACUCCCUCCAGAGGUCGCCCAUCC